GUCGUCAAAGACGCGCACACGAUGACAUUCAGCCACACGAAUGCCCUCCAAUUUUUACCAUCAUUCUACGCAGAUUCGCCCUCUACGCCAGGCAUCGUCGCUCUCGCCCGUCUUGGCUAUCGCAAGGACCCUGCACUCUUUGAGCGUGUUAUGGAGGUUUGCGGUUACAAUCAGUCCAUGAGCAUGCGCAUUCAACCGGGGGAAUCGCUUCAUCAGGGAACUAAUGAUGGCGACGAUGUGCCACCUAACACCAUCUGUCCACCGCUGCCUCUUGAGCUUUGGAAAGAGAUCGCUCUUCAUCUCCAUCCCUUUGACCUCAUCGCCUUCGGUUUGGUGUCAACACUAUGUCGUGAAGCUGCCUCUAUGGUACUCCGCUAUCCCCAUCUCUGUGGUUGUCGCCUAGUUGCUGUUCCCAAAACGAAACCAGAGUAUCUACAGGACCAACACCUAUCUCUGUACACUACAUCUUUUUCUGCUGCACAUGCUGGCGUUCCUGCUACUGUACUUAUUGGGUCAUUGGAGUUUCAAUAUGGAUCAUCGACGAUUCUGUGCCUUCCCCUCAGAGUUUCAUAUUUCAAGCUUUGGGUACCCAUUUCAGCCAUUUUGGACGUCACAGAUGAAAAGCCCGAUGAAGAUCCAAAACCAAAACCCUCGUAGCGUUUAUUUGCAUAGACUGACCGUGCGUGUAGCUAACGUUGUAACAUGUAUCAUAGGUAUAUAAAAAAGGCUGGCAUUGCGAAUUCGACUUCACAAAUUUGAUGUCUU